CGAGAACUGUCAUACGCCAAAACAAUAUUUGAUUUACACAAAAAUGGCAGCUUUACGAAACAGUUCUUUUUGCUGUUAUUUUGAGAUUUUAAACCAGUGGUAAACAUAGUAAGUGAACGGUAGAUUCUGAAGUUAAUACCGUAUGUGCACGAGAAACAGGAUAUGUGCGUUGUGCAGUGGUAGAUCCUACGGAAAGUGUAAUCGGUUCCCAAACGAACUUCCGCAGACUCCACGGAAGAGUCAAUCUUCAAAGCACAAUAUGAAUCUGUAGGAAAAAUCAAUAUUAUGAAUCUGAGAAAAUAUCCGUAAUUUUCUUGGUAGUGCAGUGUAUUUUGGCCUGAGAUGUAAAAUGCUAGUGCUAGUAGCGAGUGAUCCCAGUGCCGAGUGUUAAGAAGAAAAAUAGUCAGUCUAGCGGGGACAGUUGAUACGGUUUUACAAUGUCACAAAGUGCACCCAGAAGGCACCCACCAGCCGGUGGCAAUUCAGAAGUCAUGUCGGCAAAGUUCGGUGACACCGAGUGGGAGGCUCGGGAGUCUCAACGUUUGCGUGAACUAGAAGAAGCUCGAGCUCGGGCAGCCCAGAUGGAAAAGACCAUGAAAUGGUGGUCCGAUUGCACCGCUAACUGGAGGGAAAAAUGGAGUAAGGUCCGCACGGAGCGUAACAAGGCCCGGGAGGAGGCCAAACAGCUGCGCAGCAGUCUCGAGUCCGCCAUCAAAGAGUCCAAUUCCUACAAGCGGGAAAAAUGCGAACUUGAAAUUCAAAUCGGGCAGCUAAAAAAGGAGAUGGAAAAAGUGCAUAUGCUGAUGAUGAAACAUGCCGGGCAGUUCAACAAGGCCAGUCUGGACGCGGCAGACGAACCGGAACGGGAUGGACGGGACAACAACGGUUCGCCGGACAUUUCAUCGGAUGGACUGAAAAACGUCAACAGCGACGACGGACUGGUGACAAAGCUGAACAAUCUGCCGGACGAUAGCGGACAGGAUGAUUUGGAUGUGGAGGAGUACAUUCUGCAAGGGGGCGCCAUGCCAAAACAUUCCGUAGAAUUCAAGGAUAAAAGCGAGCAGGUUGCAGAGGAAAGAAGACUGAUUCAGCAGCUGUCGAAGGAUGAUUACGAUGAGGACUAUCUGAUGCAAAAGAUCUCCAUGUUGCAACUGCGACUCGAAGAUGCCCAGAAGACCAUCCAGAUUGAGCGAGAGGAGAAAAAUACUAUUCAUUUAAAUUUCGAAAAGUUUCGGCAGGACAUGCAAGAACUGAGGGACAAAUGUGAAGAGUUGCGUGCCGCCAAACAGGAUGCAGUUCGUGAGCUACUGACGCUUCAGGAGCAGCAUCGAGUUGAAAUGAGAAUUACGAACAACUCCCUGCAGGAAGAAGUGGCUGCUAGAGAAACACUGGAGAGGAGAUUGUGCGAUUUGAGAACAGAAUUGGAGCGCAUGCAGGCGGAAAAUGCAGCCGAAUGGGGAAAACGGGAGCGUCUCGAGACGGAAAAACUGAAUCUCGAACGAGAGAACAAAAAACUCCGGGCAGAAUGUCACGAUCUUCAAGAGCGUCUGGAGCGUAAGGGGCGUCCACCGGGUAGCAGCAGUGAGUCUGAGUUCCGAGCAAUGCAGCAGGAGCUAAUGGACAAAAAUAAGGAAAUUAGCGACAUUCGUCAUUCGCAUAGCAAAAUGAAGAAAAUGCUGUCGGAGGCGAACACGGAGCUUGGGCAUGCGGUACGACGUGCCGAACAGUACGAAACGGAGGUAAAACGGCUACGUUCCCGCGUCGAAGAACUGAAACGUGAGCUAGCGGGUGCAGAAGACGAGUUGGACUCUGCCUGCAAUCAUGUUCGUCGCUUACAGCGAACCAACGAAGAACUGUCCGGCCAGACGGAAGGUCUUCAGGUGCAGAUCCAACAUUUACAGACAAGCCCGAAAACGCUACAAGAUCAAAAUAAUUAUAAGGCCUCCAACAAAGCCAACUUUUCCUCCAACUCCAACUACAAGCCAAACAUUAAUGACUUGAAACAACUGUUCGAUAACACCCGUCACUAUAACGAACGCCAGCUGCAGUCGAAAUACAGAGCCAACGAAACCCAACCAUCCUUUCUGUCCGGUUCAUACUAUGAUGCCAAACCAAGUUACAUUAGCAAUGACACACCGUUCGAGAUGAAAGAUAAAUCACUUAACAAUAUGUUCGACUUCGAACGAGCCAAACAAAAAUUUGAUAACAUUUCACGGCCGUCUGGACCGUCCGGUGGUACAUCCAAUGCGAACUUUCGGCGUUCUUCGGCCGGUCACAGCAGCGGGAUCAAUUUUCCCAAGCAGAACAAUCCAACGAGUUCUUCCGUUUCGGGAAUACCAAAGCGACAGUCCAGCUCGGCCAGUUCAACUUCCGUCACUGGCGGUGGUUUCUUUGAUUGUAGUAAUUUUAGUGCUGCCAUUGAGUCGACGAGACGGGCCGAACCGGAUGGUGUUCCCGUGCUCGCCAAGCAGUCCAGUAUUGUUAACGAAACGAUUCAAUUCUUCGAUGGCGAUGUUGGAGCUGGAGGAGGGCUUGGGGGACCGGGCGGCGGUAAGCUGAACAUUACCAAGGUGACUAACAUCAAUCUGGAUGGGCUGAAGGUAUCCGAGGAUGACGAAACUCCGUAAUUACGGCUCAACUAGUCUCCUGUCAGCUAACGAUGACAACAGCGAUGAUUGAAGUGCAUCAUACUCUAGUUCUCACCAGAUGAGUGGAAAAUGCUGUUAGGACAAAACAAAAUUUUCAACAAAACGAAAAUCAUCGAUUCUCAUUCGUAUACUUACUAUACGGUAUACUUACUCAACUUACAAUUUUAUUUGUAUUCGUGUAGCAUUUAUGCCUGUUUCACAUUUGUGAUAUGUCAUAUAUACAUUUUUAAACGAAAGUUUUGCGUAGCCAUCACGUACACUCGCAUUGCCGGUUUGUUGAUUGGUUGGGACUAAGUAUUAGCAAUUUCGCGACAUAGUAUUUAUAUCAAAUCAAUGCGAGAAGAGUAACACUAGUUCAAAUGCACUACAAAACAAAACUCAAAUUUAAUCAUUGGCAUUGAAAAAAGUGACAUGCUUCGCACCAGUUGCGCGGCGACUAUCCGGUUGGGAUCCCAUUUGUCUUGAUUUCUAGUGACCUGUUGAUUUUCUCAAGAGUUUAGUGUGAAGCAUUUAAUUGGAACCGAAAGUUUAACUUUGAUAAGCUCAGAACAUUAAGUGUAAACGUAAAUCAAAAUAUAUAAACCAAUUCGAACACUUCUUUUAAGUUGAAAA